CCUCUCUCUCCAGCAACUGGAACCCACUCUUAUACUUAAGAGUCCCCCAAUUUCCUCCUCCACUGUAACCAAUCCCAAAAGCCAUGUUUGAGGAAUCUGUAUCCUCCCUACCCUCAAUUUGGGCCUCCAUGAACAGCUGGUUAACCCCAACUGUUCUCUUCCUCCUCCUCCAGCUCAUGAUUGGCACCAUCUUCAUUGCUUCCAGCUUAGGCACCCAGAAGCACCACGACCACGACCACGACCACCACCAGCAGCAGCAGCAGCAACAAGGCUUGGCGAGGUCUCCCUCUGUUUUGCAGCGGUUCAAAUCCAUCAACUUCUACGCCUACAGAUCUCCGGAACCGGCCACGAAUUAUGAAAAACCACCUGAAUCCGAGACCCAUUUCGCCUUCCCCCACGCCCAGGAGGUGGAACAGCCCAAACUCCCCAGAUCUCCUUCCAUUCUGGAGCGGCUCCAGUCCUUCAAGUCCCAGUUCCACUUCCCGAAAGAGUCCAGCCCGCUACAGCCCCGAGAUUUCGCAGUCCCGGAACCCCAUUUCAGUACUUACGAGCACUCUCAUGAAGACGAAGACGACGAAGAGUCGGAAGAGGAGGCAGGAGAGGCUGAAGAGUUGGAUGAGGACCAAUUCGAAGCCGAAGAAGAAGGUGAGGAGAAAGAGCAGACCCUGGACGAGAUUUACAGCCAGCUAGAUCUGCAGGACCACCACGUCAGCAGGACGACAUCGGACACCAAGCCGGCUUCCGGCGACGUACCCGCGAAGCUGCCGAAGAAGAUGAAGAAGUCGGCCAGCGCCAAGUCGGCAUUUGCUCAUUUCGAGGCGGACGACAUCGUGGAGAGCCGCCGGCCGGCGACCGUGAAGGAGAAGAAGGCAAAGGCGGCGGAGGACGACGCGGAGGUGGAUUCGAAAGCCGAUGACUUCAUCAACAGGUUCAAGCAGCAGCUGAAGCUGCAGAGGCUGGACUCGAUCAUUAGGUACAAGGACAUGGUUUACAGAGGAAGCGAUAAGUGAUUAAGAUUAUUAUUUUGGGUUUUGAUUAAUUUAAUCUUGUGUUAAUUUUUGGGGAAGAAGAAGAAGAAUUCUUAUUAGGGGUUCUUGAAUGUAAUUUAGA